AUGCGGGCUAGCCUGCCACUGACUGGUGGUCACUGCGAUGGGACUGCUGCCAAAUUGUCCCCUGCAGAUCGAGAAAAGUUGGGUCUCACAGAGACGUUACGUCAUACACUCGAUGACAGUUUCGCCGCUCUGGUGGCAGACCGGGAUAUAGAAGAUAUCAUGGGGCCGUUUAUCGCUUCGUCGUACCUGACAAUCAAGAAAGGAGAGGCCGAUACUCUCCACGCAAUGGACAAUGAGAAGCGGAAGCUGUAUCUCAUCUCGAAGAUUUAA